AGAGGUGAGAGUGAGAUGGGAGUGAGAAACUCAAUGAAUAUGCUACAGGCAAGGAGUUGCCUCUAUGACGACAAUUGUGUUUAAUAUUAAGUAGGUGACAGUAACACAGAGGUCAGAAGUAAUUCGCUUUCCGACACAGAAAAAGUUUCUCCCAUAAACAUUCUAACUUUUAAGUUCUAUUUAAUAAUCAUGGCUACAGAUGAGCUGUCCAACCUGUUGACUCGUCGCAACAAUAUCAACGAUGCUAUCGACGCUGGUGACACCGUAGAGACGACGUCUAAAAUUUUCAACCCUUAUACGGAAUUUAAAGAAUUUACAAGACAAGAAAUAAAGGAGCGGGAAAAAUUAUUUAAUAAAUAUGAUGUCAAUAAAGAUAAAUUUAUUGAUAUUGAAGAAUUAAAAGUCAUGAUGGAAAAACUAGGAGCACCACAGACACAUUUAGCCUUAAAGGAAAUGAUUAAAGAAGUUGAUGAAGAUCAAGAUAACAAAAUUAACUUUAGAGAGUUUCUCCUUAUUUUCCGGAAAGCAGCUGCUGAAGAAUUAAACACAGACAGUGGUCUAUAUGAGUUAUAUCAAAAUGUAUGGGAAAUAGAUGUGGACAAAGAAGGAGUGAAGGGUGCUAAAAACUUUUUCGAGGCCAAGAUUGAUGCUCAGUCAUGGUCAAAGAAAUUUGAAAAUGAAAUCAAGGAAGAACAAGAGGAAAGAAAGAAGCAAGCAGAAGAAGCCAAAGAACGAAAGAAAGCAUUUAAGGAAAAGGCUUCGGUGUUUCAGUAGCCGUAGGAAGUUGUUCUUAAUUUGGCUUCCUUUAGUUUUUUUUUUUUUUAUUCAAAAGGAAAACAAAAAGGUGCUCAAUUUUAUUAAGAAUCCUUGGAACAAUUUCUAAGGAGUUACAAGAUCUGACAGAUUGGGUCCAAAACAAGUGAUCCAUAAACUUUGUUUAACACUAUGGAAAUGUCGAUACUUUCUUUGAGCUUGAUAGCCUGCAUUGAUGAUUAUUUCUAUAAAGUGCUAUGCCUUUCUUUUCUUUAAACUACAAAUAUUUUAAAAAAAUAGGCAUUUUAUGUUUUCAAGAGACGACUUUCAGUGCCUAUCUCAAUACAGCAAAAGCAAAAAAAAAAAAAAAACUGUUAUCAUAUAUAUACUAUAUUAAAAAAUAUAUUGAGAGACCAAACAAAAAAAGGAAACCAGAAAAAAGAAUUUCAUGUUAAAAAAUGAACAUUUUGUUGUCAUUGACUGAGAACUUUCCAACAUUAUUUUACUAUAUUUCAGAUUAAGUCUACCUUGUACAUAAUGAGUCAUUUAAUUUCUCAUUCGUUACAUAGCAUAGAUAUUUCAGUAAUUUAUGAUGUUAAAUAUUUUAAUUGUGUUUUUUCUUUUUUUUUUAACUCUGUAAUGCAGUUCAACAAAGAAAGAAAAAAGAACAAAGCUAUUAAUGAAAGAAAUACUCUUAAUCUGUUUUUUUUUUUAAUAUUUAAAAUGCAGAUUAAUUUAACAAGCCAAUCAUAUUUUUAAAGGUGUUUUUUAUUUUCUUUUAAAUCUGUUCAAUACAUGUAUCUAUAUGCUUAUUCUCAUAAUGUUCCAGUUUAAGAAUAACUCUUCAAUUAUUGUUCACCUUCACACUCUUUGUUGUGUAUGGCAAAUACUGUCAAAUUGAAGUAAGACUCACUCACCAUAUGUCGAAUCCGUGAAAUUGUUUUGUAUACUGGUUAGACUUCCUUUCUCUUCACUUAAGUUGCUAAUGCCAUCGAGCAAGGCAUGAACAUUGUGCAAUCACAUUUCCCCCAUUCCUAAUGAAUGUAAGACCUCGUGCAUCUGUGAGAAAUCAGUAAUAUCUGUUAUCAAUAGUUCAGAGUAUUUUAGUUUUUCAUAUACUUUCAACAUCACUUUGGACCAAUUAACUCUGAAAACCCAAUAAGUAUCAUAUCAAUCCAGUAUGGUGCUUUGUUGAGUAAAUCCUUUUAACCACUA